AGACCAGACGAAUUUGAAAGUCACACUAUGAGCAUCUUAAUUUUUUUCCUCACACUGAGUGUUUUCUCAUGUUCAGGCUUUCCAGUGUACGACUAUGAACUCCCUGUCACAGAAGAGGCUCUCAAUGCUUCCAUUGCAAGGAUCAAUUCUCAGUCGUGGGGCACAAACCUGUACGGUGUUGUCACGAGCCAUGUCACAAGAGUUGACACAUGGAACAGCGAUGACUAUAGACUAGAGCUGCAGUUCAGCAUUCGUGAAACCGUGUGCACGAAAGCUUCAGGCAGAGACCCUUCCACAUGCGACUUCAAAGCUGGGCUUUUCGUGCCAACUGCUUUAUGCAGAAGUGUUGUGGAAGUCUCUGGUGAGCUGAUCUCGAACAUCUCCGUGCAGUGCCAUCGUGGCACAUCCAGUUCUGAAUCGAUGAGCAGCGAGGAGAUGAUGCGUUUACCAGUAAUGAACCCCAACAGGCGAGGGGGUAAUCUCCAGGAAGAUGUGUUUGCUCCUGAAGCCUUCCCUUCAAGGAGAAGAGGUAGCAGCCGUGGAAAUUGGUUUAAACCCAGCUAUUUCAGCUCUGACAGGAUUGAAUAAUAUGGUUGGGAUUGGAGAAUGAGAAGAAUUAAGACUCAAAGAUACAGCAUGGGAAGAAAGAACCUGAUGUCAGGUCCCUGAUCAAGAUCCUGCUUCCUUUUUCACGAGAAACUCUCCUGUAAUGAAGUCUUUCUCUAAAUUCACUUUCUGCUGCAGUGUCAAAUGACCGCUGGAUGAGCUCAUGGUAACUGUGUGCACUUGUCACAGAAUCACAGAAUGCAUUGUGUUGGAAGGGACAUUUAAAGGUCAUCCAGUCCAACGCCCUGCAGUCAUCAGGGACAUCUUUAACUAGAUCAGGUUGCCUCAGAGCCCUAUCAAGCCUGACCUCAAAUGUCUCCACUGAUGCGGCCUCCACCACUUCCCUGGGCAACCUGUUCCAGCGUUCCAUCAGUCAGUUGAUAGCUGCCUUCUGAUGUGUUGAAGCUCACUGGGAGUACUAUCUCAGGCACCUAGCACAACUGUCCAGUAUGUGUUGUACCAUCUCACAAUGAUGCCAUUAAAGGAUUGUUAUUCCAUCUGAUUGUUCUACAUUGCUCCGUGGUUGCUUAUAAUUUUCUGUAAUGCUUGUAGCUAAUUAUUGAUUCAUCCAGACU